AUGAGCAGUUUGGUGUCGCCAUCUGGUCCCUGGGCCCCUGUGCUUGCCUUGGUGCGGCCGCUGGGCUCAGUCUCGAGCGUGGCAGCGGCGUGGUGGCGGAGGGCAGCCAUGGCGAUUCCUGUCCCUGCACACAUGCAGGUUUCUGGGUUAUCCCUACAGUUGAGCCGCCAGUAUAGUGACAUGCCCCCUCUGACACUGGAGAGCAUUAAGGACCGUGUCUUCUAUGUCUUGAAACUAUAUGAUAAGAUUGAUCCAGAAAAGCUUUCAGUAUCUUCCCACUUCAUGAAAGACCUGGGCUUGGAUAGUUUGGAUCAAGUAGAAAUUAUAAUGACCAUGGAAGAUGAAUUUGGGUUUGAAAUUCCUGACAUAGAUGCUGAAAAGUUAAUGUGUCCACAAGAGAUUGUAGAUUACAUUGCAGAUAAGAAAGAUGUGUACCAAUAA